CGCCGACUGGAAUCAGAAUUGAAGGCAUCCAAUGGGGACACUUCUGUCGCCAGCAUCGGCCCGGGCGGCACAAGUUGGAUUCAGUGGAGCCCACCCCCACUCCAGGGGAUUAUCCCUAGCUGGAUCAGCUCCAGCCCCAGGCCUCACCCCCACGUCCCUACCCCGCCCGUUCCCCAGCCAGCAGUUUGGGUCAUCGGCCUUGCCCCUUGGCGCGUCUCUGAAGAGGUCACUGAGAGCGGGCGCCCGCGGGCUAGAAGGGCGGGCCUAUUUUUUAAGGCGGAAGAAUACUAAAGUUUCAAGAUUGCAACUUUUUCAAAAUGGGGAAAGUCCUUUCUGCUUUGGAACUGUUGGGUUUUUUUCUUUUUUAGUAAAACUUAUGCGAAGAACUUGUAUGCCCUUAAAUCGCCCGCCGCCUACAGGGAGGGGGGUGGGGCAGGACCUGGCGGAAGCUUAGGUGAGCUGGCCGCGCCCUAGCGGCCCCGGCCGCCAAGGGGCUGGGCAGCUUCCCGUCCCUCCGGGGACCGGUGUCUCCCGGGCGGAAAGGGGCUCGUUAUCUCUCUGUGUCUCCCUCUCUCUCCCGCUCUCUCUUCCUCCCGAGCGGGAUGUGGUUCCCUCACGGCCACUCCACACUCUUUAGGCACCCAACGCCCCCUGAGCCCGUGUUCCUCGACAGCCGCCAGGCUGAGUCACUGGUCCACUCGGGCGGGGCCUCAUGCGGGCACGUGGCGGCGCUCCCCGCCCGCUUUCUUCUGACCUCUGGCCUACCGCACCCCCUACCCCAGGGUGGAAAAAUCCCAGGGGGUAGAGGCCAGAGAUAAGGGGAGGAGGGGCGAAAUAGGGGGAAGAAUCCUGGGCUGGGGGCUGGAAGACUUCGUGGGGACGGCAGGGCGGGGAGGGGAGCUGGGGAGAGGGCCACAGGGGUGAGUCACCGGGCGCAGGCCGCUCCAACGCCGGCCGCAGGUGCCUCCUAGUCGGGGGCGAAGAGCUGAGGCUCCCUGUGACUCUCACCCGCCGGCCGGCUGGCCCGCGCCUAGGCGUGCUCCCCUCUCCUGGCCGGGCUGCAGCAGAAUUCGGGCAGACCCCACACUCCCUUCAGACCCACCAAGGCAGAGUUACCUAUUGCAGAGACCCACGUCCCUGCAAUGCUACUAGCGGACCGCGGGACUGGCCCCGGGCAUUCUGACACAAAAGGCCAGCCCCCUCCUCCUAUCCAUUCAUUUUUUUCACUGCUGAUUCAACAUCAUUCAUUUAUGGGCUGGUACCGCGCCCUGAAGCGCCCGCAGUCGGUGGGGAUAGGGGCUCCUGAUUGACAGCCUCUACGCUGGGCGAUAAGUGCUGUCUUAGCUCUAUCUGUAGGGAGCCGUGCCAACUCUGAGGGCCAGUCUAAAUUCGUUUCCCUGCCCCCUCCCCUACCACACACCUCUUUUGGGCAGGGAGAAGGUAGGAUGUGGUGGAGCCGGGAAAGGCCGCUAUGAGGACUCUAAGAGCCAUGGCCAUGCAGAAAAUCUUUGCGCGGGAAAUCCUGGACUCCAGGGGCAACCCCACCGUGGAGGUGGACUUGUACACGGCCAAGGGCCGAUUCCGAGCAGCUGUGCCCAGUGGAGCUUCCACAGGUAUCUAUGAAGCUCUGGAACUAAGAGAUGGAGACAAAUCUCGUUACCUGGGCAAAGGGGUCCUGAAGGCUGUAGAACAUAUCAACAAGACUCUAGGCCCUGCUCUGCUGGAAAAGAAACUAAGUGUUGUGGAUCAAGAAAAAGUUGACAAAUUUAUGAUUGAGCUGGAUGGGACCGAGAAUAAAUCCAAGUUUGGGGCCAAUGCCAUCCUGGGCGUGUCCCUGGCCGUGUGCAAGGCUGGAGCAGCUGAGAAGGGGGUCCCACUCUACCGACACAUUGCAGAUCUCGCUGGGAACCCGGAUCUGGUCCUCCCAGUCCCUGCCUUCAAUGUGAUCAAUGGGGGCUCCCAUGCUGGAAACAAGCUGGCCAUGCAGGAGUUCAUGAUUCUGCCUGUGGGAGCCAGCUCCUUCAAGGAAGCCAUGCGCAUUGGCGCGGAGGUCUACCACCACCUCAAGGGGGUCAUCAAGGCCAAGUAUGGGAAGGAUGCCACCAAUGUGGGUGACGAGGGCGGCUUUGCACCCAACAUCUUGGAGAACAAUGAGGCCCUGGAGCUGCUAAAGACGGCCAUCCAGGCAGCUGGCUACCCAGACAAGGUGGUGAUUGGCAUGGAUGUGGCAGCGUCUGAGUUCUAUCGCAGUGGGAAGUACGAUCUUGACUUCAAGUCACCUGAUGACCCUGCACGGCACAUCACUGGGGAGAAACUGGGGGAGCUAUAUAAGAGCUUCAUUAAGAAUUAUCCUGUGGUCUCCAUCGAGGACCCCUUUGACCAGGAUGACUGGGCCACUUGGACCUCAUUCCUCUCGGGGGUGGACAUCCAGAUUGUGGGGGAUGACCUCACAGUCACCAACCCCAAGAGAAUUGCCCAGGCUGUCGAGAAGAAGGCCUGCAACUGCCUGCUGCUGAAAGUCAACCAGAUCGGCUCAGUGACCGAAUCCAUCCAGGCUUGCAAACUGGCUCAGUCUAACGGCUGGGGAGUGAUGGUGAGCCACCGCUCUGGGGAGACUGAGGAUACAUUUAUCGCUGACCUCGUGGUGGGACUCUGCACAGGACAGAUCAAGACUGGCGCCCCUUGCCGCUCAGAGCGCCUGGCCAAAUACAACCAGCUCAUGAGGAUUGAGGAGGCGCUCGGGGACAAGGCUGUCUUUGCUGGUCGCAAGUUCCGUAACCCAAAGGCCAAGUGAGAAGCUGGAGGCCUCAGGACCCCAGAGGACAGAUCUAAGCCUUCAAGCCAAGCCAUUCUCUCUGAAAUAAACACUGAUGCCAACCAA